AUGUCUACCGACCCCCCACCUUCGCGGGGUUCUUCGCCAUAUCUUCGGCCACGCUUAAGUCUCUCUACGGUCACGAGCAUAUUUCCGCGACCACGAGGAAACAGCAAAUCUCCUCACCCUGAUCGCCCCUCAACGGGAAAUUCCGGCGGAUGGCUCUCUCCUCUGGAGCCGUCAAGAUCACGGAGCAGUUCAACUUCCCGCUCAAUUCGCUCCAUCUCAUCAAAGUCCCCUGGAAAAUGGAUCAGACAUCUAAAGAGAUCGAGAUCAGCUUCUAUCAACUCAGCCGCCGGGGAAGACAAUCUUCCGUUAAAGAGAGAGGAUUUCAAAGAAGUAGAAGGCUGGUUCGACGCUUUCCAAAAGUACAACAGACUCAUCACAAACCAAGUUUCUGGAAAUUCAAACUUCCCAGCAGAAGAACUUUCCAAGAUACAAAAAACGAUCUGCGAAGUUGAGGGCGGACGAUUCAUCAACGACCUCCCGGAAGCGUUGUUCGACAUCGCAUUACUAUGGUGCCCAGCAGGAGAGAUGACUAGAAAGUCUGUCACAGAGUCAUCAGAGCCUUCCUGGAGUUGGACAGCUUGGAAUGGCGCUGUGAACUUCCCUUUCGACCCCUCCAGUUGUCCCGACGUCAGAAGGCGUGGAGAAGCACCUGUGUUCUUCAAAUCCAAAAUCACCUCGUUCGUACUUGGACCCGAGUCUGGAUGCGAGCGAUACACGAUCAUGAACCGAGCCAUGUCUCUCAAGCUUGACCCGAUAUCAACGCAACGCCCUCGGAUUGAGUAUCCUACCGCGGGUCUGCAGCUCUUGGCCAGUGAACCUCCGAAAGUCCAAAGUGACACUCUACGCUUCACUGCACAAAAGGUCGACGCAAGUGCUUUCAAGAUGGAACAGAUCUACGAUGAAGAGAAACAGCCACUGCUCUGUACUGGACUCAUAGAUUCUCAAGAUCGCCCCUGUGGUGUUCUCAUGGACUAUAAGAAAAAAAUCGUCGCGCAUCAGCAAGACGGAAAACUCCAUUACAUAUUGCUCUCCGUCAACCGUCGCGUCCCAUCAACGUUUAGCAAGAGCUCAAACAACAUCUCACACCCCUCUGGUAUCCCAAUCUGGAAGGACGGCCGGUUUUUAAAGGAAGAAGAGAUUGGCGACCCGGAGGAUUACAAUAACGAUGGCGAGUGGAAGAUGUACAAUGUCAUGCUGAUCCAGGAAUUUGAAGCCAAGACACUCGACGAUGGUUCCUUCCAGGAGGCCUUCGCACGACGAGUGGCCGUAGGCCGGAUCCAUGAAGAUGCCUGGAACGAAGCGAUGAAAACUGUUCCAAACAGGUUCUCGAAGAUUGUCCUUCGAUAG